AUGCCCAUCAUCGACACGACGAAAGACCUUUCGGCGCUCUUUUCAAAACAAGUGCAGGCGACUCCAGAUGCUGUUGCUUUAGAAGACGACAAGCACAGCUAUACUUAUGCUGAGCUCCACGAAAAGGUCGCAGCUUUAGCCGACCGCCUCCGAGCCCAUGGCGUUGGUCGCGACAGCUUGGUCGGCGUUCUCCUACCCCGGUCCGCUGACUACGUGAUCGCUUGUCUCGCUGCUUUGCGCGCAGGUGGUGCUUUUUUGGUGCUCGAGCUUGCAUAUCCCCCGGAUCUGCUAGCCGAUGUCAUUGACGAUGCCCGCCCGGUGGUUGUUGUGACGGUACGCGCCGAAGUCGGCAAGAUUAAGCAAGGAGUUCCCCUCAUUAGCCUGGACGAAGAGGCCGCCAACAGCAACGGCCAUGUACAAGAGAGCGAGCUUCCUCCUUUGCCCGCAGAGACCGAUCUCGAAAAACUAAGCUUUGUUGCUUAUUCGAGUGGGACCACAGGCAAGCCCAAGGGCAUCGCAAACUCUCAUAGAGCAGCUGUUCUCUCAUAUGACCUUCGCUUCGGACUGUCAGACCUCCAGCCAGGAGACCGCGUUGCCUGCAAUGUCUUCUUCGUUUGGGAAUGCAUUCGACCGCUCCUACGCGGCGCGACUGUAGUGGCUGUUCCCGACGAGGCGAGCUAUGAUCCUCGCAUGCUUGUCGACUUGCUGUCUUCCAAAAAGAUCACUGAAACCCUCUUCACACCGACACUGUUCGCAGCAAUAUUAUCGCGACAUCAGAACCUGGGCAACCGACUGCCUAAUCUGAAGACUAUAUGGUUGAAUGGCGAAGUAGUGACCACAGAUCUUGCCCGCCGUGGUCUGAAGAUCUUACCAAACGCCCGCUUGCUCAACGUUUAUAGCGCCUGUGAGACCCACGAAGUCGCCUGUGGUGAUAUCCGGGAGAUGCUCGACAAGAUUGAUCCGAAAGCCCUCUACUGCCCGGUCGGCCCUCCUUUAAUCGACCAGAAGUAUAUCUACAUCCUAAACGAGAGCGGCCAGAGAGUUGAUGACGGUAGCAAUGGCGAGCUCUUUGUUGGUGGCCAUCUUCUUGCUCGAGGAUACCUCAACCUUCCAGAGACAACAGAGAAGGCAUUUAUCCGGAAUCCCUUCAGUGCCAAGUCUGGCGCUCGAAUGUACAGGACCGGUGAUAAGGCACGUCUGCUUCCAUCAGGCCUGCUGGAGAUCACUGGAAGAGUCGGAGCUAUGAUCAAACUCCGCGGCUAUUCUGUUGUUCCUGGAAAGGUGGAAAACGCAAUCGUACAAUAUCUAUCCGCCAGUCGUUGUGCGGUCGUGGCUCAUGGCGAGGGUAUAGACAAACAGUUGGUUGCAUACUUUGUGCGGGACAAAGAAGCCUCCUCCUCUGAACGACCCGAUAUCGAGGUUGACAACGAAGGUCGUAGCAUGAGUUCUAGGCAGAUACUCAAGCCAUACCUUGCGCACUACAUGAUUCCUCAUGUAUGGGUAGAGAUGGAUGAAUUGCCCACGCACGAGGUGUCAGGCAAAGUAGAUCUUAAGCAACUUCCUCCGCCAAAUGAGAGGACGAAGUCGCCGACUGGAAAGCGAGCACAAUACGAGCAGGACCCCAUUGAUAUUGGGCAAAUUACCUCAGUCUGGGCUUCCAUUCUCGGGAUCCAGCCGAGCUCAAUCACGCCGGAGUACAAUUUCUUCGAUCUAGGCGGCCACUCCCUGUUACUCGCCGACCUUGCUGCUCGAUUGUCGAACAGGUUUGGUCUGAAGAUCCCAGUCGCUCGGCUUGCUGAUCCAGCCACCCUUAAUGGUCAUCUAGACACAGUGCGAUCUGUCCGUGAUGGACAAACUGCUGCAGUGCAAGCCGACCUACCUGCUGUACUGCGGGCUGACGCUGUGCUCGAUAAGGACAUUCAGCCUACCAAUACAAAGAUGAAUGCGCUAAAGGACGCGAACACGGUUCUUCUAACUGGUGUGACGGGUUUCCUGGGUGCUUUCCUGCUUCGCGACCUUCUCGACAGCACUUCCGCCAAAAUCAUCUGUCUUGUGCGCUUUAGCGAUGCUUCGCAGGACGACCUUCCUGCAGGUAUUGCAAGGAUUAGACGAAACCUGCUCGAUUUCGGCUUAUGGAGCGAUCUUAUCAUGGAGCGUGUGGAGAUUCUUCCCGGAAACUUGUCGCGGAGGCGCUUUGGCCUGUCCCCGGAUGUUUUCGCAGACGUCGCUAAUCGCGUCGACGUCAUUGUCCAUGCUGCGGCAACUGUGAACUUGGUGUAUCCUUAUGCUGCGUUACGACUGCCUAAUGUUAUCGGCACAAAAGAGAUCCUUCGUCUUGCCUGCCAAGGUGGGGCCACUGUUCAAUAUGUCUCUACAAACGGAGUGUUGCCUCCCGCAUCUGGACAAGCAGGCUGGCCCGAGGAUGCCAUGUUGGACGUUAAAGAUGUUCCAGAGAAGCUCGCAGACGGCUACGGCCAGACAAAAUGGGUCGCUGAACAGCUGGUCCUGGAAGCGGGCCGGCGAGGACUACCAGUCAAGGUUCACCGUUGCGGUACAAUUAGCGGCCACAGCCAAUCCGGUGCAUCAAAUGCCUGGGAUCUUCUAACAGCACUCAUGGUUGAAUCCAUCCGCAUUGGCCACUUCCCCAACGUCAAGGGUUGGCGCGCUGAGAUGACUCCUGUCGAUUUCGUCAGCAAAGCUAUCGUCCAUCUAGGCAACGAGACAGACGCGGACCAGGUCAUCUUCCACUUGGGUGACCCCACUCCUGUCGAUACUAGCGCAGUGUUCGAGACUCUGAACCAUCUCGGUUACCCCACGGAACCGCUUGAGUUCAACAAGUGGGUUGAGCUGUGGGACGACAAGCGAGGCUCUGCGAAGGGCGGAGACGGUGCAUUCACAAUCGACAUACUCCGUAGUGGUAUGCCUAGUGUCGAUUUCCUCCGCGACAUCGUCGUGCUUGACAACGCAAAGACUAGACCGUUCCGCGCUGCCGUAGAGCGGCCCAAAGUGGAUGAGAUCCUCCUAGAGACAUACACUCGCCAUUGGUACGCCCGUGGAUGGCUUCCCAAACCGCCAGCAACCGCGAAUGCAACAGGUGGUACUGGCCAGCUGCCCAAGAGGGGUCCGCUGUACAACAAAGUGGCUGUCGUUAUGGGUGCUUCGUCUGGCAUCGGCGCCGCUACCGCUACGGCGCUGGCUCGUGAAGGGUGCCAUGUUGCACUUGCUGCUCGACGCCUCGAUGCUCUUGAGGACUUGAAGAAGCGCAUUGUUGUGCGUGAAGGCAAAGUCCUCUGCCAAAAGACAGAUGUCACGGACAGAGAGCAGGUGCAGGCGCUCAUCACCGAGACAGAGAAGAAACUUGGGCCGAUCGACAUCUUCAUCUCAGUGUCUGGCGUCAUGUACUUCACGAUGAUGAAGAACGUGCAAACCGAAGAAUGGGACCGUACAGUGGACGUCAACUGCAAGGGUCUCCUCAACUGUAUCUCAUCAACAGUACCUGGUAUGCUCGCGCGCAGCAAGGGUCACUUCGUUGCCAUCUCUUCAGAUGCAGGCCGCAAAGUAUUCCCUGGUCUUGGUGUCUACUCCGCUAGCAAGUUCUUCGUUGAGGCUACGCUUCAGGCUCUGCGAGUUGAGACUGCAGGCACCGGUCUACGUAUUUCAAGCCUUCAGCCCGGUAACGUAGCGACGGAUCUGCUUGGCAUGUCGACGGAUAAAGAGGCCUUGGAGAAGUUCGGCGAGCCCUCGGGUGCCAAGGUCUUGGAUCCUGGAGAUGUAGCAAACGCCAUCAUCUAUGCGCUCAAGCAGCCAGACCAUGUCGCCAUGAACGAAAUUCUCAUCGAGCCCCGCGAUGAGCCGAUUUGA